AUGAAGACUGUUAUAGAGUCUAGAGAUGCUAUAUUUGAUGAAGAAAGAUUUACAUCUAUUCCAAGGCCAAGAGACAUGAUUCAACAAUCUUCCAACAAGAAUUUACCUUCUGCUUGCAAGGCAUUUGGAUGUAAAUGGAUCCUAAAAUGGAAGAUGAAGGUGGAUGGCUUAAUUGAUAAGUAUAAAGCCAAAUUGGUUAUCCACGGAUUUAGGCAAAAAGAAGAGAUUGAUUUCUUUGAUAUUUAUGCUCCUAUUGCCGGAAUUUCCACUAGCAUAUUAAUGUUAGCUCUUACAACUAUACAUAAUCUUGUGAUUCAUCAAAUGGAUGUGAAAAACUACAUUCUUGAAUGGGGACUUGGAUGA